AUGCGUCGUCGUAAUCCUCAAGUUACAGAAGAUCAACAACAACGUGAUCUACUUUUGAGACCCCCUGAUAAAACUCUUAAAGAAAAAUUCAGGGAUUUGUUUUGGGAUCCGAAGAAAAAAACAUGUUUGACGAGAACUCCAAUCAAUUGGCUCUCGAUAACAAUUUAUUACUUUAUAUUUUUGACAAUUGUCAUAUUUUUAUUUUUAUUAACUCUUUUCAUAGUAUAUUUUUUAGUGAAUGUUGAUAGACCACAAUAUGUGCUUAAGGAUUCCCCAAUUGGAAGCACUCCAGUUUUAAGUGUUUUCCCUUUCGAUGAUGAAUUUUCCAUGAUUUGGUUAGAUUCGAAUCGUCCUUAUAAAAGUUACGUUGAAAAAAUAAAUAAGAAUUUAAAAGAUUAUAAUUCGACGAGUUCGAAAUCGUUCAAUAUUUCGGAUCUUGGCGAUUGUGGGAAAUCUCCAUUUGGCUACGACAAAAAAACUCCUUGUAUAUUUUUUCGAAUGACGAGACUUUUGUUUUGGACGCCCAAUCCAUAUAGGGUAGAUGACGAUUUACCCAAAGACGUACCGUCCGAUGUGAAAAAAUUAAUUGGAAAUUCGACUAGUCCGAAAAUUUGGGUGUCGUGCAACGGAUCGACGCCUAAAGAUCGCGAUCACAUGCCCGAAGGUUUUUUCGAAUUUCAAGGGACUCAAGGAUUCGAUAUAACGGCCUAUCCGUUUCAUAAUCAAAAUGGUUUCAUCGAUCCCAUAAUUGCGAUGAAGUUGAAUUUUAAAGAACCCGAAGGAACGUUGUUUACAUUUACUUGCACGGCUUGGGGAAAGGAAAUGGAUACGAAAAUAACCGCAGUCCACAUUUGUUAUAUUAAUGUAUAUUGUUUUAUUGCUUCUUUGUUUACGGGAGAAGUAAUGUCAGGUGUGCCACCACCACCACUACCACUACCACUCUUAAGGAAAAAACAAAGACUUUUGUCGGAAACGGAAAAAAAAAUUUUGAGGGAAGCUUUUGAGUUAUUCGAUUCGAACAAUGACGGUUAUUUGGAUUACUACGAGUUUAAAGCUUCGUCUCGUUGCUUGGGAUUCCAUUUGAAAAAAUGUGAAAUUCUCGGGAUUUUGGAUACUUAUUCUCGCAGUAAUAAAAAUCAAAUAUCAUUUGAUGAUUACUAUGAAGUUAUGGAGGAAAAAAUGGUGAAAAGAGACCCAAUGGAUGAAAUAAAAGAAGCCUUUAAAUUAAUUGCAAAUGAUAAAACAAAUACAAUUACUUACCGUGAUUUAAAAUAUGCCGUUGAAAAAAUAGGUGCUGAUAUUUCAGACAGAGAUUUAAGGAGUAUGAUUGAAGAAUUUGACACUAAAGGACAUGGAAAAUUUAAGCCUGUAACCCUAUUAGAGUAA